ACAAAGAAGUAAUAUCAUUCUACUUCAUAGCUUUUGCUUAAAGAUAAUUAAUUCUUAUUUGCUUUCCUUAAUGCCACUUUGGUCACACUAAAGGAAUAGGUGAUUAGUGUGACUGCGUGAUCUAUUGAUUCACUGAGAAUAUGUGUUAUUUCCAUGGGCCUUAAAAUAAAGCACUACUUUUUUUGAAUUGAAGGUAUGAGAGUAGGCCCACAUAGGAUGGGAAAAUAAUGGAGGUUCCAAUACAACUGAUGUGUUUUCUCACUGCUUUUCUUCAUCUGUUGUCAUGGAGAAGUUGGAGAGACUGAGAGAUCAUGGUAGAAUUAAGAAAAAAAUAGGCAAGCUGAGAGAAGAAUAUAUGAUGAUUAAACAGGAAUCUGAGAUUAUUCAUUCCUGGUUAAGCCUCAGAUCGUCUCAAAUAAGUGCCAGAUAAGCACAGGACUUUGCAAUGUGCAGUUCUGCUCUCUAAUAUAUGCUGCAAGGAUAACUGGUUAGAGAACACUCCAGCUCUUGUUCCCUUGCGUCAGAAGGCAAAAAAGAAAAGUCAAGGGUUCUUUAUAAUGAGUCGACGGAGGAUAUCAUGUAAAGAACUGGGGCAAGCUGAUUGCCAAGGAUGGCUCUACAAAAAGAAGGAAAAAGGAGCUUUCAUUGGUAACAAAUGGAAGAAGUUCUGGUGUGUUCUGAAGGAGUCAUCGUUAUAUUGGUACAGCAGUCAGCUGGCUGAAAAAGCAGAAGGAUUUAUCAGACUUCCAGACUUCAGUGUGGACAGAGCAACGGAGUGCAAAAAAAAGCAUGCUAUUAAGAUCAGCCACCCACAGAUCAAGACAUUUUAUUUUGCAGCAGAAAAUGUUCUGGAAAUGAACACGUGGCUAAGCAAGCUGGGGAUUGCUGUAGAUCCUCAGGCACCCAAUGGAAAGAGCGAAGAAGAAUGCUAUAGUGAAAGUGAACAUGAUGACCCAGAAAUAACAGACACACUGCCUCCCUCAUAUGUGGCCCAGCCACCACCUCCUCAGUUACAGGAUCAACAGAAAUCCUCUUUGACAUCAACACUGUCAAGUGAAGCAUCUUGUUCUCUUUCCUCUCCUGAAAGCACUUUCAAUUCCCAAGAAUCAUCAUCUUCCUUAACGUCCAAAGUGGUUUAUUCUGAGAGGCAGUCUCUGCUUGACUUCGUUAACAACUCUGCCAUGGAAGAGAGUGAUCAGCCUUUAACUUUCUGUGUACAGAUUCAAUCUGAUGAGCAGACAGAAGUAGACUGUGGAGAAAAAGCAGAAAGUCAGAUCUGUCCCGGUGGUGGACCUGAAAACACUUUCUUAGGUCUGGAUACACAUUGCCUAACUGUGCCAGAUGCAGCAGGACAGAUAACACUCGCCAAAGAUCAUGAAAAAUGUGAUGAUGAUGAGAUGGAGAGACUUUACAAGUCAUUAGAACAAGCAAGUCUGUCUCCCAUUGGUGAUCGCCGGCUGUCAACCAAGAAGGAGCUUAGGAAGUCAUUUAUCAAACGCAGCAAAAACCCCUCCAUUAAUGAGAAACUCCACAAAAUUCGAAUGCUGAACAGCACACUAAAGUGUAAGGAACAUGACUUGGCUACAAUUAACCAGUUGUUAGAGGACCCAAAGUUGACGGCGAUGAAAUACAGAGAGUGGAGGAACACAAACAUCAUGCUAGUUCAAGACAUCUAUCAGCAGCAGGAGGUCCAGGAUGUGUCUACAGAGAACAGUGAGGAGCAAGAGACAACUCCACUGCCUGUCACUGAAAGUGCUAUAUGAAGCCAUGGAUUGACAGUUGACUGCAAGAUUUUUUUCCCCAAGAGUCUUCACAUACAGACACUUUAAACUGCUGCAUUGUGAGGUUGAUUUUUUUGUCAAGUGUUCUUCAUAAGUUAAACAGCCCCUCCUGCAAAACUUUAUUUCCUUUUGUAAAUUCCUCUAAAUCAAAAAAAGGAUGCUUGAAUCUGGGUUAAGAAGAAUGUUUUAUGAAGCAGUGAACAAAUAUUUUUUCCAUACUAGGAGAAGUGGUAUAUGUGCAAUUCCUGGAAGUCACAGUGCUGUAUAAUAUGGACUAUAUAAAUGUCAGAUCAUUGAGGUUGUAUUAAUCAUUGAACUUACUGAUAAAAGAAUCUACAACAAUGCCAACAGUAUGUAAUCUUCUAUCUACUUUUUGACCCUGUAUGGUAACUCAAAAUUUAUAUAUUUUUUUCAUCUCUACGUUCAUUCACUUUGACUGCUCUACCAGUCUAAACCAAGAAAAAGUGAGUAGAAAUUAUGCAUAAAUUUUUACUACACACCACUCUCAGACACCCAGUUUUGUAAUGCCUAAUGUUGUAUGACACUGACAUUUAUUUAUGGACCAGAUCAAAGUACUGCCAUUCUUCAAGAACAGAAGGUCUCUCUGUGUUUGGUUACAUGUAAAUCGCUCUUCAGUGAGGUAAAUAAUAUCUCAACAUAUUUCAACUUCUCUUAUGGAUUUGGCAGAACUUCCUGGAAGGCUACUUGCUUCUUCCAUAUUUUAAAGAAGCAUGAGUAGAUAGGGUACAAGUUCAUUCCAAACUCUCAAAUCAAGCAAGGUGAUCAAGUCUCCAAGGCAGAAGCUAAAAACUUAAAUUCCUGAUUUAAGUGGAACUGAAAACAAAGCAUAGCUGCAAAUGUUUUUGUAAAUAUAUGUCAUUUUAUGGCUUAUAUGAAUGUGACUAUGUACUGUAUAUAUGUUUUAUUUAUAUAUUUAUAUAUGCUGAAUUUCCUAAUGUUAAUAGGAUGACAUGGACCAGACUCACUUAGGUGAGAGUGCUUGCAUGUUGACUUGAAAUGCCUCUUUGUUCCAGUAUAAAUCACUGAAAGGGCUCUUGAAUGGAGAGUACCUUGAUACUUCUACUGUAACUGCUUAUUCUGUUUUCAAUCUAGCUUUGUGAUUCAGAUGAAGAAAAUCUGUGUAUUUUAAGGCAAGGGUUUUUUUUUUGCUUUUCCAUAUUCAGCAUUAAUGCAAGUAGGAGGAACUUUUCAGAGUUUUGAAAAGCAAGAAUUAACCCACCAUACUCCAAAUGAUGCCACUACAAGUACUGUGGGAAUCUGCUCUUCUGUUUGCUAUCUUGUAAAGAUACUGUCAUUAGUUUUUAAUGGGGUUUAUCUUUUAAAGCAAAAUACAGCAUAUUCACCUGUUCUUAUCAGAGAUAUAUUUUAUUGUAUCUUGAUCAAGAGAACAAAUAGUAGUAACAUGAAAUAUUUUCCACCUACUAAGCAGUAAUUCCAAUUGUUAAUGUUGCAAUGUUAACAGUCAGCAGAUUUCCUUUGAUAUAGACAUUACUGGAGAAGGAUACUUGAGCAGAUGGUAGCUGGUUGAAUGCAGAGCUGCUCUCGGGAUUGCAUCAUUGCCUCAAUUAUAAAAGGUUUUAGGAAUGUGAGGGUCAGGAACAAUGUUGGCAUAGGACUUAAUAACUGGAGUUAGUUAAUUUGCUGGUGGGGCUUAGAAGUUAGAUGAUACCUGGAAGUGGGUAGCAAUGACUAAAUGGGGAAGCAGGUAAAAACCUGAGGUUAUUCAAAAGCUGAUAUUACUAGGAAACCAUCGUAUAAGUGAUAAUUUCUGACCAUGCAGAAGCAAGGCAUGUAAAUGCAAUUUCUUUUCAAAAGCAUCUUCAAUAGUUAGAUCUUAUGAGCAAAGACAUGCUUAACUGCUCUGUUGCUGACUGCACUAGUCAGUGCCCUGCAGUUCUGCAUAAAUUCCUAGCCAACUCCAUUUGCUGAAGUAGAUCUGAAUCACACUACGGAAAGAAGUAGGGAGCCUAUACAACGUUUUUCACACAGUUUAUACCAUGAUAUGCAAAACAGAUUUCUUAAAUGCAGAGACAAAUGUCCUCAGACUGCCUGAAUUCUACUUUUUUUUUUUUUUUUGACUUUGUUAAAAUAGCCUAAAAUAACUUUAAAUUACUCUAUUUCCAUUGGUUAGUAGGUAAUUAUUGUUGAGCUACUGAGUUUUUGGAAAUCUCAGGAUGGGUUGUAUCACCCUCUUAGAAAAGAGCAGAAAAUUAUUGAUCAGGGUUACUUCUAAUUCAGAUAUUAUUUUAGAGAAUUCCUGUGUGUUCAAGAAAAAUAUAUGGGUUUUAUGCAAGUGCAGUGUUCUCUCCAUUCUUUUCAGCUGCUUUUUAGAUCCCAAACAAAUGGAAAGCAUGGGAAAUAAGAAGUGAAAAUGUUAAUAAAAUGGGAUUAAUUUUCUAGCAUUAUUAAUUAAUGCAACAUUUCUCACCUGGAUUCAUCAAUCAAUUCAUCCAUUCGGCAAUGUGAGAGACACAGAUGGAGAAGAACAAUACUUGGGACAACGGCUGCAACUGAUGGACGUGACAGGGAGCCAUUGUCAGCAGGAGAAGCUUGGACAACUGUUUGCUCUGCUCAGUCAUAUUUAGGAUAACUGGUACCUGAGCAUAAAUUUGGUUGGUCUCAAUUUGGAAGGACUGCAUUACUGACUCAUACUGUGGGGAGGUGUUACGUCUGUCUCUGGUAGCUUUUCUGGAAAUCAGAUCUCUCUGUUUUGAGGCUGUAGAUCGCAUGAGCUACCGGAGUGAGUUGAGAUCACAUUUCUUUGCCUAAGAUAGGAAAAGUGUCAUGCUGGGUUUGAGAAUUGUUUCUGCAUAUAAUUCUGGUGAUUUACUCAAUACUGAGUUGCAGUGGAAACAGGAAUAAAUUAUGUAAUAUAACCUCCUUUUCUAGAGAUAAUUUUCUUUUUGGAGGAAAUGUUCAUAUGGGAAAAAAAAAUGCUUUAUGUCAGUCAGGAAUGCGGGGGGAAAAAAGGUGAUAUUUGGCUUAAAACUGUGUAGAAUGUGGGAAUUUUAAAUCAGUUUUCACUAGAAAAAAAAAAAAGUAUAAGCAUGCUGUUUCUCAUAUGGAAGCCUGUGAGCUUAGUUGUCUCCUACAAACUUAAUAUAAAAACUUGUAUUUUCUGUCUCUUAAAGUAUCAAGGAAAUCCAUGUAAGGAAAAUUCUUGAGCUGUGGUGGAAAUUUCCCCUUCCUACCUCCCUAUAUAUUUUGGUGACACAGGAGUGACUAAUUGCAAUGAGAGCCUUGCUAGCCUUAUUUAUGUAAGAAAUGCCUUUCUGUUAGCAGGAAACCGAAGUGGUUUUCUUGUAGUAAAAGUGCCAGAAUGGUAUUUCCUGUUUCGUGUGAGACAUUUUGAAGCAGCAGACAUUUUAAGAUGUCAUUCAGCAUUCCUUGAACAUUUGACUUAUCCUAUUUUGAUCUGCUCCAAGCUUCCAUGUUCUUUCUUUUUCAAGAACUAGGUCCUCUACUAAAUGAAAUAAAAAUUGAGGUGGCAAACAGGACCAAAAUUCUCUCAGCUAUGAUCUAUGAAAUUCUUGUUUCUGUGCAUAAGACUGACAGGAACUAAACUUGCCAAAAGCUAGGCAAUCCAAUAUGGAAGAAAAGGUUGAUAGUUGUUAAAGAGAGUACUAAAUGUCUUGAAAUUUGCUGUGAGUAAAGAUGCAAAAUCUGUCAGCUCUGGAAAAAUUAUUGUUUUUCUAUUUUAUUUCUUUGUGGUAAAAAUCUAGGGGAGUGGCUUAUGAGCUGGCAGAAACUUAAAAAUAGAAUACGCAUGUAAUUCCUUGAAAGUUCAUCAUCCUUAAUGCAUUACCAUGAAAUGACUGAUUUCAUGUUACUCAGCCUUUAACACUGAAAAUUCACUUCCUUGGGAAACCGUGCUAGCUACCACAGUGUCAGGGGCUUAUCCAUCCCAUCUGGUACAUAUGAGGUCCAUUUUGAGAAUGUAAGUUUGUUGCAUUUCUAAAGGGCAUACUGCUUAUAUGAUUAGAUUGUACCUUAGGAAUUGUAUGAAUUUUAGUGCUCCCUGGGUCCUAGAUGCCUUAGGACCUGCACACAUUAUUCUGGAUCUUGAAAUUGCUUAUGAUUGUUUUACUUAUGCAACCUUAAUAUAAAGAAAAGAAGAUUGGAAAACAUUUCUCUAUCAUGUGAAAGCAGACUAAUGCCAAUCUAGGAAAUAUUUAGGUACUUUACUCCUGAAUGCUUAGCAUAAUUACUCUCCUGAUAAAAUGCCACGUGUACGUAAUAAUGACAGUGCUGUCGUGUAAAGCUUUCAGUGUUGAGGAACAGCUAAAAAGAGGAAUUGAUGAGCCUACUCCGUUAAACUCUGUGUAGACAGGGAUAGCCAUACCUAAAGGAAUAUCCUCAAGGAUAUCAACUAUGCAGGGAGAGGGCCUGCAACAGUAGGCAGGUAGUAAUUUAAUACUCUAUCUUCUAAAUCUAUUUGAUUCACUAGUUGCAAAUUCAAGGCACAGUGUUUGAACUCAGCACUGCCUUUUCCCUGCUUGUUGCCCACAUGUGUGACUUGAUUUUAAUGUAGCGAUGCUCACAGCUUCGGGAACGAGAGCCUUAUGUUUGCACUUGUCAAUUAAAGUUGAAACGAAGGAGUAUUUUGCUUAUCAUAUUUUUUUUUUCACUGCAGAUUUUUUCAAUUUGCUGCUACAUAAUAAGAUAGGACCUGCUGGUUCCUAAAAACAAGUUAAUUCUUCUUGGGACUAUUAUUAAUAGUAAACUGAGUAAUUUGGAGCCAGGAAGAAUCAAGGAGUGGUUUGAGUGAGAAACGCUUUCCACUGUCUGGCAAUGCAGUUUUGGGAGUUCUGUUUUUAAAUUAGCUAAUUCUCUUUCAUUGUUUGCUGUAGCUACCACUAAGGAAUACCUCAUGCUUUAUGCUUUCUUCUGAAAGGUGUGAGACAUGGUUGGAUUUUUUCAACUCUCAGUGCAGCCAGUUUCAAUUAAGAAGGAACUGGGAUCUUUGUAAAAAGUUUCAGUUUAGCUGUCCAGGCCAAGUAGACAGAGCACCACAGAGGGGUGUUUCCUAUGAAGUGAGCUCAUCUCUACAGCUGCACAGAAAGAAGUGCACCCUUUCUUCCCCCAGCAUCCUACAUGCUCCCACUUGUUGCCUCAUGUUGCUCUGCUCAUUUCUUAGCACCUCUGUUAACUCAGUAGUGUCAGGCAGCAAGGAACAGACCCAACAAGAUGGAUAACUUUCUAUGGCAAUACUGAGUAACAUUGGCUUAUAGAGAAGUUCAGUAGCUGCCAGAGCUGUUACAAGGGAGGAAGAUAUAUUGUGUGGGCAGGCAAAGAAGGAAGAGGGAGCUGAAUAAGUGGGAGAAAAGAAGGGGAUUUCUUCCUCAUAGAAGGAGAGCAUUGUCUUGAUGCUGCUUCCCACAAAGCUUUACUUUCACCAAGUGAUGAUUUUGUUUUUCUUUUACUUUGCAACAUGUGGUUGUGAAAACAACAUGAGGCACCACAUUCCAAGUGAGAUUUAAUCUGAUCUCAGCCUGUGCUUUUACUUUUCCUGCUUCACACAGAACCAAGUGUUUCUGCUACCUCUUUUAUUUCUGGAUAUGUAAGCCAAAAUCCUACAAAAACUAGAGCUGUUUCCUUAGGAUCUUUCCUUGCAUACUUGCUGCAGGAAUUCUGAUAUGAGAGGAAUUCUGAUAUGCAGGCAAGUGAGAGAAACCUUCUGUUGUAGCACAAAAUAUGUAAUAGUUUCUGAAGUUCUAUAAAAAGAGAAAUAAAAUUUCUCAUUAUGAUUCAGGUACUUGUUUUAUAUCAGCUUAAAAAUAAAAAUAAAAAUACUGGGUUUUCCUUGGCAUUCAGACUUUCUCAGUGGGGUUGAAGAUGAGAUGUUUACCAGUGACAAAGAGAGGACGUGGCCAUCUCAUUCCAUUCCUGGCUUCUCAAUUGUCGUGUUUGAUUAUUUCAUUUUUUGGAAAGGGGUUGUAAUUCUUCUGACGUUAUCAUAGGCUGGAAGUAAGUAAGUACUUACUGCUAGCUAUCAAGGGGAAAAUACCUAUAUUAUCAUUUUGUGUUCAAGAAAUAUUUUAGUUGUUGCUACUAGAGGUAUAUAAAAUUGUGUGAUACAAACUCUGAUAGCGCAUGGAAUAAUGCCCAAGGUAACAAGCUGCUCUUUUAUUUUGAUGUGGAAAUGUACAUCUUUCCUCUUCUCAAUCCUGGGCAGACAGGUGCUUUUCUUUGGCAGACGUGCAGGUUCUCUCUGCAGUGCCUUUGGGAAAAUAGUUCUCAGCAUUUUUUCUGAUAGAGAAAACUGAUCCCUCAGCACAGCCUGCUGGCUGUCAGUGAGAUAGCAAGCAAAAUAUAAAUGUGCACAAUUACAUGUGAGAGGGGAAGUGAUUGUAUUACUGCUGUAGGUGUAAUGGUCUCACUUUCCUGUAGAGCAAGUUCUAGAUGAGGUGAAAGUGAUUACUGCAGGUGGGAGAUGGUGAGAUGCUGUCUGGCACACCAGUCCACUGUAGAUCUGAGCUAAUAGCAGUAAAUUCAAGCAAAGUGCAGUCCAAAGGGGAAAAUGUUCCAUGCAGAAGUGGAUGUCAGAAAGAGAGGGAAAAUAUUUCUGGGAGGGGAAAGGAAAGCAGUGUUCAAGAGGCGUCUGGAUGAUGUGCAGCGUGAUAUGGUUUAGUGCUAGUGGUGGCAAUGGUGAUGAGGAGACGGUUGGACUAGAUGAUCUUGUAGGUCGUUUCCAACCUUGUGAUUCUAUGAUUCUAUGAUUCUAUGAAAUGAUUGCAUUUAGAAUGAGAGCCAAAACCUGUCAUCAAAUUCAUAUCUUAGUGUAGAUGAUUUUUAUUAUCUAGUUAUUUAACAUCAAUGAAUUUCAGCUAGUUCUGUAGACCACCCUAAAAAAUCAGAGUCGAAAAGUCAUAGGUUGUUUUGUCAAAAAUGUUCAUAUGGUGAUGUUAAGGACAAUGGCAUGUAAUAUCUGUGCAGUCUCAUAAAAUCCAAAACCACAGCCGUGAUGAUAUGGCACACAAAGACAGAUUAAAAUUUAGAGGAAUCUCCACUUGUCAUUGUCCUUGCAAAGGAAACCAUCUUCCAAUCAUCUACUGGAUUAUUUGUGUUCUUUCACAUCUGCUGCUAAAGUAUAGAGUACAUUUCUAAGGUGUGCAUUUUCUUAACUCCUAUUUAUAUUACAGGCAGUAAAUUGUUGGCUAGCACUUAAGUUCAUAAAUUAUAGCACUGGUGAAAAUGGCCCAGGUGGUGGUGUUCUUUUCUGUGUGAUUUGAGAAUUUCACUCUACAAAUGCCAGAAGGAUGAAUAGCAUACGGAAUGUAAAAGUAAAAUUCCGUACUGCUGUAAAACACAAAUAUCACCUUUCCAGAUUGAUGUGAUAUUUCAUCAAGAGCGUUAUUUAUUUGCUGUGAAAUUAUUUAUUCUAGUAAACUCGCUGAUGACAAAUUGAAGAAUUGCAGGUAGCUACACCUUAUGUGUUGGUUCCAAAAUGGGUUUCUAAUACAAGAAAAAAGAUGAAUUAUGAUGCUGACACUGGCUGGAAGAAGCAGGUGAGAGUACUCAGGGCUGAGGCAGCAAGAAAACAUCUGCACUUUGGAGGCAAAAAUGUCUUGAAAAUGGGGGCAGAUAUCCCACUUAUUAAACAAAGAACCCUUUCUUUAUUCUUGGGGAUUCAGAGGAGUGAUGAAGAUAGAAUUUGUGUGGCAGCACUAGCCAUACAAAAAUUUGAGCAUGAAAUAACUCCUGGGAACAAAGUCCAGAUAUAGAAAUAUAUCAGGUACCUCAUGUUGGUUGGUUUUGGUGACAGUUUUAAAGUUAAGAUGAGAAUGUUUGAGUGAAUACUGGAUGUAUAAGACGUUACAGACAUCAGACAUCACUGCAUCGUGCACCUAUCUUUGCUUUGCUUCUAGCAAAACCUGGUGUCUACUAAGAAGGUAUUUGAAUGCAGGCUUACAAAAUAUCAGGAUUCAGGAGAAAAAUAAUUUAGGAUCUCUAUUAUAGGUCAUCCAUGACCAAAUGGGUUCAAUUCCAGGUAGGAGGUCCAGAGUAGACUGAAAUUUGUCCCUGCAGUUGGUUUUGGUUUGGCAUAAUGAGAGCUAAAGGUGCAGAUUAUUAUCUGUAUCUUUAUCUGUAUUAUUAUCCUCUUAAUACCCUUCUUAUCCUUGAUCUAUAUUAUUAUCCUAUGACAAAGCUUAGAGGGUAGUUUGAAUGUACAUUUGAGGUACCUAACUUGUUUUCUAUUCAUAGAUGAUAAUAUGAUUUUGAUUAAAUCACUCCUAUCCAGUGAUUCAACCCCAUUUGUAAUAUGAUGAUAAGUGCUUACUGCUGAGAGCUGCUUUGUGAAUUAAUUCCAGCAUUCCGCUCUACUAAUCAAACAGGUGAUGACAUGGGGUUGCCAAUGUAGACUGUGACAGUCAAUGAUAACAUUGUAUUUUUCAUAUCUUGAGGACUGAUGAUUUGCUGGAGGAAAGGUGUCUACUGCAAGAGGAAAGAGAUUUCCUCUUCAAGCAUCCCUUAUGUCAAGAGGAAUUUCAUCCUAGACAUGAUGAUAACCACCGUUUACUAUCUGAAGAGUUAGAGUCCAUAAACCAGAUAUUGCUUGAGUGACUUUGUCUCUUCUCAAGCCAAAAUAUAGCUGUGUGCAGUCGGAAAUGCAUUUGCACAAACCAUGCAACCAUAUGAGUGUAAACUCCAGUCUCAGGAAUACUUUGCUUACUUCAUUGCAAAUUUACACUUUGGGAUUCAGGUUUUCUGGAAAUAAUCUACAACCACAGUGGUCCAAGUACUCUUGGACCUUGGUAACCUUGGUUGUUUCUCUGCCCAAAUGUAGGUUGCCUGCAGUCACAGUCCCCUUAGGGGUGUUUCUGUUCCUCUUGCUACUUGGCAUUUACUGUUUUUUGAACAACAACAACAAAAAAUUUAGGUAUAGGGCCUGUGUUUUGAAAAAAAUAAUACAAAAAUAUUAGCUACAGUUAUCCAGAGGCAAUUCAAUAAUUUUACUGGUGACUCACAUCUAAGUUAUUUGAUUUUCUCAGAAUUAUGAUAUUAAUGUUCUGCUGAGUUCUCUUGAGAGCCUUCUACUACAAGCUAACAAGCUUCCUUUCAAUAUCUGUUGUUUAUAAAAAAAAAAAAACAAACCUUUUACCUACAUUAUCUAGGAUCAAACUGAUUGCUCUUGUGGCAGGACUGACAACCGAUUGGAGAAAAUACGUUAAAUACUAUACUGUAUUAUAUAUGACAUUGUCAACACCGAAGUCUGCAAUCAAGAAAACAAGAUGGACAAUGUACCCUCCUUUGGUAUGUAGCUUCUAAUUUGACUCAAUUAUUUCUCCUGAACAUCAAAAUAUUCUCUUUUUCAAUCUGUUUCUUGCAAAUAGAAUAAAGGUGAAACUACUUGUACUUUCAUAUAUUUUCACUGAAUUUUAACCUAGUACAGAACCAUAACUUUCAACUCCCCUCCUUGAGUUUUCUUCCAAUUCUAUAUAACUGUUCAAUGGGUCUGUGAACGUACAUACUAAACCUUUUUACUGAAUAUUUGCUUUAUGUAAUAACAUGAAUUUCUUGUUAAUAGAGAGGACAAGCAUUGUCCAUAAAUGAAUUCUGAACAGGAGGCCUUCUAUUGCUGACACUGAUAACUAUAAUCUCCCUCUCUGUUUAUGGCCUCUGGAAUAAUACAGUUCAUUACAGAGCAAUAAGACUAAUUUUUUUUUAAAGUAUUCGAUAUAGAAUUUACAUUGUCUUUUAAUAUUGCCAUCAUUAUCUCUGUCAUUGGAAAUUCAGAUGUGGGAAGGCUUUUUUUUGCUCCUAAACAAGCUAUGCUGUAGAGGUAGUAUAGACACUCUGUGUUCACUGUAUAAUGUAUAUUUAGGAGAAUUAGCAGCAUAAUUACACAUUCACAGACACACUGUCUGUGUUUAUGUCUACUAGAUGUGCUGCAGUGGAAGUUUUAAAUUUGAAUGUGAAUAGCUAACUGAGGUGUUUUUUUAUUGAAAUAUAUAUCUUCUUACUAUUUAAUAGUAGGAUAGUUUUAAAGAGAUUGGAGAGUUUGUUUCAACUUCAUGUUCCAACUCAUGUUUGAAUGCUCCUGGAAUUUAUCUGUGUAUGUCUUAAUGCACAUAGAUACCAAGGCAUGGAUUUGGGAACAAAAAUAUAUGCUUAAGGAAGGUAACUGUGACACCUUCAUAGAUAACAGCAAAUAAUUAAAUGAGUAGGAGCUACUGGGAUUAUGCUGGAAAAGUAAAUAAAGCCCUUGGAGAAUAUGACUCUUGGAAGAACAUUGCCCCCAUACAUGCAUUUUUUCAGGAAGGACAGAGGUCAGUAUAUGAACACAUUAGUGAAAUGACAUGCAUGUGUUUGGAACUUUGGUUCUCUACACCAACACUGAAAAGAUGUCUAGUUGGCAGUAAGUAAUACAUCAUGAGUAGAAAAUGUGAAAACUGUGCCUUGUAUGGAGAAUACUGAGAAAUUCGAAAUGUCUCGUUUAAUUUCUUCAGAGAAUUAGGAAGGUUUUGAUAUGAUCUCUUUUUUUCCUAAUGAUGUUGAAUGUCAUCCUGAUUCAGAUGAAGUACCCAGCUGGUAAAUGCUCUGGAUUGCCUGAAGAAGCCUGCCUCUCUGCCUUGAUUUCACUCAAGGGAAAUGAUCAAAUUAAUCCCUGUAAGAACUGUAUCUUACAAGCGCAAACUUAAAAAAAAAUUCCCAUAUGCAUGGAAGUGGUUUCUAACAGCAGGCAGUCCUUGAACUCCCACAGAAAUUGUCACAACAGAUAGGAAGUUAAGCACUGCCCAGUUCAAGUAGCUUCACUUUUAAAACAUAUGUAGCAGAUAUAUGUUUUGAACCAAAGUAUCAUGGGGGUUUUUGAACUUUAAACUCAUUAAAUCAGGAACACCACCCCUCCCAUCCCUAAAAUAAAAUAUAAAAUUAAAAGAAAGAAAUUAUCAAGACUACAUCAUGCACUUGUUUUCAUUACAUUACACAGUGGUCUAGAUUAAAUCAUCUAGCAGGGUGGUUACGUAAAAAGUUGUAACAGAAGAUCAUAGCAUUUGUUUUUUGCCUUCAAAUCUAUGGAUUGAUGAAUCUACCUGUAAGGGAUGAGCAAAACCCUGUUUGAAAAAUUUUCAGAGUGUUUUUGUUUUAAAGAAAUACCACUAAUAGCAGUAAUAUUUAUAUAAUCACUGUAAAACUUCAGCAAAUCUCUUACAGGUCCUGAACAAACAUACAUCAGGAGUAUGAAAUAACUUAGAAGUACGUUGGGGAAAAAAGACAAAACAAACAAACAAAUAAAUAAAAAAACAAAACAAAAUGAAAAGUAACAAAACAAAACCACAGAAACCCACAGAAGAACCAGUGCAGUAUAUGGAAAUUCAGUGAAAUCAGAAAUAUCUACAAUUGAAUAAAACCCAUCAUGGAAAUUUUCAGAAGUCAUGUAGGGGGUUACCUCCACAGACUGCUGUAAUAAGCUUCUCCCUCUCCUCCAAUACUCCCUAUGUUCUCCCUGCUUUUUUCUUUAAAAUUUCUGCCUUUGCUUUGUAGUUGCUGUAUUACCUCCUGUCUGGUGAAAACACAGUUACCCUACUGCUCUUUAUUGCCCAACAUAACAACAAUCUUCUGCUUAUUGCAUAAUUUUUUUUCCCCAUUUGUGCUCCUUUCUAGAUUAUUCUUCUUAAAUGCAUAGUUUCUACUAAUGUAACUGAUGUUUAUUUUGGGGAUUUUGAUAAGUGAAAAGAGAAGUAUUGUUUUUCCCUUUGUAACGAUGAUGAAAAUAACAGUGAAGUAAAACAUUAUCUAAGAAGUAUCAUACAGCAAAAGGUACUGUGAACAUUCAAUAAUAUACUUUUAUUUGAGCAUCUAUGGGUAUACGCAAAUUUGUGUGCACUCCAGAAAAGGAUGUUGAAUUAGAGUGAUUAAUUGGAGUAAUGCACAAUAAAUGUCUUUUAUCUUCAUGCUACAUUUAUAGUUCUCACAAAGGCAGCAUUUAGGGAUUUAACUUGCCAUUUCACAUCACUCCAAAACUGCAUUUGUUUCUGAGAAAUUAAUUUGAUGCUGAAUGCAGAAGCUGAAUGCAGGUCUACGUGCAUAGUUGUGCUGAUCCUUACUGUGAAGUAUAACAGAGAGAGUAGGAAUAUGAGAUGGCUGUAAAGAUUCCUGUGCUUAGAAAAGUAUCAGGUCCUGCUCUUAAUUUGAUGAGUUAUUUUGCUGUGGCUUUUUGGGGACUGCAUGUAGCUCUACAUCCCAGAGGUCAGCUAUAUCUUAUCUGUGGGGAUCUGUGCAGUGUUCUUACACUGUACCUAGGAUCACAAAUAGAAUUAGCCCUGCUGUCUGUCUGAGAUGUGAACAGUGAUCAGGGAAGCUCUAAGUUGGUAUUGUGAGUUUUCAUUUUUCUUCCUUGCAGACAAAAUUGCAGUAAGAUUGAAGGCUGGCUGAGUUGCCAGUACUGUCCAUCACAGUUCACGUCAGCCUCUACAGUUCAGACACAGUGAACUUACUUAUUAUGAAUGUCUUCUACAUCCAAAUAUGUCACUGGGAAGUGAACAUACUCUGGUAUGUUCACAUUACCUCCCAGUCUUUUCCUCACAUCAGCAUGUGUUCUGCUAAGCUCAAUUGUUUUGUGGCUUGAUGGUGUCUAUGAGACAAGUGGAACACGGGGUUUGAUGCAGUUUUGCUUUGGGAUUGCUUUGGGAUUCUGUUGCCUUGUGUAAUUGGGCUAGUAGAACUACUGGUGGCAGCAGAUACAUUCCUUGAGGACAACAGGGUUUUUGAGGGACUUGCAUAGACUGGGAACAGGCUGAGAGCAGCUGCUGGCUUGCUUUAGCUCACUUGUACUCAUCAAGAAAUUUGUAUGCAUAAGGGACACACAGAAGGGCCGUUAAUUUUGAAGAUUUAUUUGCUUUCUUCUAUAUAUAAAACUUCACUGAGGUCCUCUGUGCUGUACUAUGCAUUCUGUGUGUAUGCAUUACAGAAUCAUAGGAAUGGGUAUGUAUGCCUGUUAUUAAAAAGAAAUGAACUAUCUGCAUGUUCUCCUUUUUUAGGUAGGUGUUCUUUAAUGCAGUCAGAUAAUCAAAAACCUCCAAGGUGAUUUGUUGGUAUUGGUUGAUAGAUAGCACAGCAUUUUCUAGAGCUGAGCUAUUAAAAAAGGGCAUGAUGAUCAAUGUAUACUGUGAUGUGAAUAUAGUAUGUGAAGUACACAAGAAACACAAACAUUUUUAUUAAAGGAUUACAAUGAAAAUAUACAGAUUGUGUAACAACUUGAUACUUUCUCUGCAGCGAACAUCCAUGUCUUUUGAUAAACAAACAGAGCAUUUAACUUAUUUUUGCUAAUGUUCUACUAAUAAAAUUUGCUUCCUCAUAUCCUCAGACCAUUAUGCCUACAAUACAACAUUAGUCUUACUAAAGAUAUUUGCAGUCAGGUUGCUCAAUUAAUUAUUGGACUGUAGAAACCUAAAAUAUCUUUUCAAAUUUUAGGCUGUUAGCAAAUCAAGGGAUUUUACCCAUGAGCUUUGUUACGUUCCUAGUACAGAAAUGAUGUUUUCAGCUCGUUAUGCAAAUUCUGUAACAGCUAAGGUACUUCAAACUAGACAUUAAACUAUGACCUUAGUUUUCUUCUUGAUUUACCGCUGAAGGCUUUUGCAAUACUUGUUCACUGUAUUUCAGCUUGUUGUAUGUUAGCAUGAUAGAUGUUCAGAUCUUGCUAGAAUCAGUGCUGUUGGACAGCUCUACUUAACUUGCAUUUCUUCUUUAGUUUAUGUUCUUCUUGUUAGUUCAAUAAUACUGCUGUGUAGUGCAAAAUAACACAUCCAAUUUUUUUUCAAGUUCCUAUCCCAUGCUUUUUUAUAAGUUAGAUGAUGACAGAUCUGGUUUAAACUUUAAUGAUGACAUGAGGAAAUCUUGCUAGACUAAUACAAAAUUAAAUAUGGAAUCUCUAUGACAGCGUGGCAAAAUAUUCAACAGAAAAUGGAAAAAAGGCACUUCUGCUAUGAGUAGUUUCAUAUUAUGCUGAUAUACAUAUUUAGCCACAUCACACUCGUGAAACAAGAAUAGUAUUACUUCAAUUUACAACACACAAGGAUUUGGCUUUCAGUCUUUAUUACAUAGUCCAAGGCAGAGACAAAUGAUUUUCCACUAAAAGUAUAUUCAGUUACACCGAUUUUAACAGUGAAAGUAAGAAAUAAAUAAGAAAUAAAAUGAAGAAAACCCUGUUCCAUAGAACUGUAUUUUAGAGUACACUUAAGUAUACUGCCCCCCCCUCCCCACCCCCCACUUAACUACUGAUGGUUUAUUUAUAAGCAAGUAACAAACAAUGGCUAGAAAAUACUAUUGCACCACAAGUUAUCUACACUGAUAUCUCUAUUUUUCAUACUAAAACCUAGACAGGAUGACAUUUACUAGGAUGAUAUUUACUCCAGUAUGAUGUUUCUUUCAUAAAUCUUCAUGUGUUUUACUAACACAAAAU